AUGCCUGACAAAAAGUACACCCGCCUGUUGCGUAACUUACGGUGGACCAUCUUCUCCGUAUAUCGACGCCUCAACGCCCUCGUCUUGACGGCGAAUAUCAUAGCCAUCAUUGUUCUGGCUGCACAGCACAAGCUUGUCUCGAUGUCACCGGAGCGCGCGGCGUCUGCAGUGUCUAUCAACCUUACCGUCAGUGUACUGAUGCGGCAAGAACUCGUCAUCAACACGCUCUUUUGGGUCUUCGGCAAAUGUCCCCAGUGGUUCCCCUUACGCAUCCGUCGGCUAUCUGCAAAGAUAUAUCAUCUCGGAGGUGUACACAGUGGGGCCGCCAUGUCGGCUACCGUGUGGUUCGCAUUCUUCAACGUAUCCAUUGUCAACUCGUUCCAAUCCGGAGGGAUACGGAGACACCAGAGCAGCAUUCCCAUCAUCACCGUUCUCCUCGAUGUACUGCUCCUCUCCAUAAUAGCAAUGGCGCAUCCUGCCAUACGGGCAAGGAUGCACAACCAGUUUGAGCUAGUACACCGGUUUGCGGGUUGGACCUCGGUGGCCCUAUUCUGGGUCGAAUUCGCCCUCUUGACGGACGCAAAGGUGCACGACGUCUACUCGCCCGAACCUGCCAGCGUGGCCGUGCUGAGGAGCCCAGUCUUCUGGACCCUUUUGAUCGCCACCAUCUCCAUUGCAUUACCUUGGGUGUGGUUGAGGAAAGUCAAGGUGAAUGCAGAACAUUUAUCGGACCAUGCGAUCCGGCUGCACUUCACAUAUACCAAGCUGCCUCUCUGUGCCGCUCCUCGAAUCUCAGACAAUCCACUUCUCGAGUGGCACGCCUUUGCAGGGAUCCCCGACGAAGACGGCCCUGGGUUCUCGGUUCUCGUGUCGAAGGCCGGCGACUGGACAUCCCGGCUCAUCAGAUCACCUCCGACCGCCCUGUGGGUGAGAGGAAUCCCCACUCUGGGAGUUCUGCACGUGGCCCCAAUAUUUCGAAAACUCAUCCUGGUCGCCACAGGAUCAGGUAUUGGCCCCAUCCUGUCGCUACUCAGUCAGAGCGAUGUUUGUUGCCGGAUACUCUGGAGUACGCCAACCCCAGAGGUCACUUAUUCCAAGAAUGUUGUAGAUACGGUGCUCAGAGCCGAUCCCGAGGCGAUGAUAAUCAACACCACCGUCUCUGGAAGGCCGGACCUAGUCAAGCACACCUACGAAUUGUAUGUGAAGUCUGAGGCGGAAGCUGUCUUUGUGAUCUCAAACCCACGCGUAACACGCAGGGUCGUCUAUUCACUUGAAUCACGCGGCAUUCCUGUCUUUGCCCCGUAA